AUGUUUGCCGACAUACAAAAGACUCCAACACCAGAUGAAAAUAUUCAGCAUAGAAUGGAAGUACUGAAAGAAAAUGUACACAAAUACAACAACCCUUUUUACUUACGACCAUAUAACGUUCAAUCUUUGGCUGAACUCGGUGAAAAUAAAAGGUUAAAUUUCAACAAAACAUAUAGAAAUGAAACAUUGUUUAAAGUUCAUUCAGAACCUAACCAAUAUGGAAACAAACCUACUUUUGUUUCUGCAGACUAUGGAACUACAAUGAGAUGGGGUCAUAAAGCUAACCCGGAUAGGUGGUUCAUAAACUUACAACCACAAUUCCAAGAAGUUGUAGACGCAAUGGAAGUGAAUGGUGAACCAGAUAUAGCUGGUAUUUUCAGCGCGGCUUUAAUGCCAUUGAAAGAUAUGAAACAUGCAGAUAUUUUGGACCAGUAUGAAAUGAACAUGGCUGAUGGAAAUAUAACACCUGACGUUCUAGAACAUUUAUCUCAAAGAACUACACAGAACCAUAGAGAUGGUAUAUUUGGUGAAGA